GCGCAGUUACAACAACACCGAAGAAGUGACGGGGCGCUCUUGUUUUUGUCAGCCUCGCACGCAGCUCCUCUGCUGCGAAAAUGCGCAUUGAAAAGUGUUAUUUCUGCUCGGGGCCCGUGUACCCCGGGCACGGGGUGAUGUUUGUGCGGAACGACUGCAAGACUUUCAGAUUCUGCAAAUCGAAAUGCCACAAGAACUUUAAGAAGAAGCGCAAUCCAAGAAAGGCAAGAUGGGCCAAAGCAUUCAGAAAGGCAUCAGGAAAGGAGUUGACAGUGGAUAACUCUCUGGAGUUUGAGAAACGCAGAAACAUUCCUGUUAAAUAUAACAGGCAGCUGUGGGACAAGACAGUGGAAGCAAUGAAGAGGGUGGAGGAAAUCAAACGAAAACGACAGGCAAGAUUUAUAAUGAACAGAUUAAAGAAGGGCAAAGAGUUAGAAAAGGAAGAGGUCAUCAGCGACGUAAAAAGAAAUAUUCACCUUAUCAAAGCACCACAUGCAGGAAAGGCCAAACUACUGGAAGACAAAAUGGUGCAGAAGUUACAAGAGGACGUCGACAUGGUGGAUGACGACAAUUAACAUUGUGCUUAGGAGUUUCCUUUUGGGACAUGAAGCUCAACAGCAAGUUGACCUUGUGUUUAUAUUGUACUUUUGUUCUGGAAUUAAAAUUCUAGAUGGCAGAUGAUGGACACAGUAAUGCUUCUAGUUUUAAAUAGCUGUUAAGGAACUAAAAGCAUUAACUUAAAUAUCUGCUUUCAAACAUUGUGUUCAUACAUCUUCAAAGCUUAAAGAUGUCAGUACAAAAGCAUCUUUAUGUAACAUACAGUACCACGUCUCCCAAUCUGUGGGAGCUGUGUCUGUUAGAAAAUUCCCUUUAUCCUGUUGCCUAAUGUAUGUUUUUACAGUACUACAAACAUGUCUUUCAAAAAAAAUAAAUUACAUAAAAAAAUA